UUUAGACUUCAGUAGAGAAAGUCACAGAAGACGAGCAGAAAGGAGAACAGCCAAAAGAAUUUCUCGGUGACUUCUGCACCAGUUUCCUCCCUGUUGGAAAUGAAGUGGAUGUUUCAUACAUCAAAUCAGGAUGUUGGUUUUCAUCUGGUUAACAGUUUCUCUCUCUACUAACAAAGGUGCAUUAGGAUGGGGAGAACAAUACUGUCAACAUCUAGGUUACUGUGUUAAUUUUGAAAACAUAACAGCAGAGGCUGGACUCUGUGCUGUGAUACCAUGCUCUUUCACAUCUCGCUUUGAACCCAAAUACAUUAUUUGGUAUAAAUGUGAAUACCACAAGGAAAUAUGUAGAGUUUCUGACACUGUCUUUAAUUCUAACAAGAGGAGUUCAAACGUUCAGUCUGGGUUCAAAGGUCGAGUAUCACUGCUGGAACCUGAUGUGACUCAGAAGAACUGCAGCAUCAUAAUAAAUGAUCUCAGAGUGUCUGAUUCUGGAUAUUAUCAGCUCAGAGUUGAAGGAGAAGGAGAAAAAGAUAAAUUUACAUUUACUGUUGCAAAACUACUACUCUCUGUAACAGAUCUUAACCAAAAGGCAGAAUUAAAGAUUCCUCCUCUGACUGAUGGACAGCAGGUCACUCUGACCUGCACUGCUCCUGGUUUCUGCUCUGGGUCUCCUCCUAAAUUCACUUGGAUGUGGAGAAGAAAAGCAGAGAACAGCUCUCACAUCCCAGGAAACAUUACUGCUUCAACAACUGAGAAUCUGACUGCUGUCGCACAGAGUCACAGCUCAACUCUGACCUUUAAACCUUCAGUUGAAAACCACAACACCGAUAUAACCUGUAAGGUCAGUUUCAUAGGAGGAAAAACCACAGAGGAGACUGCAACACUUAAUGUAAACUUUAACCCUGUGAAUCAUUGUGAUUCUGCCUAUGGAGCGCUUCCCUGGGUCGUUGCUGGUGUUUCACUUGGUGUAAAUGUUUUGUGUAUGAUCCAAAUUUUGGUCCUUUGGAACUCAAGAAGAAAGAUAAAACCCGCUGAAGUUGAUCCAACUUAUGUGUCUCUGCAAAAACUUGAUACAUCGCCAGAGUAUGACGUGAUUGUCCAACGACGAUGACGUGUCUACAAGAAUCACCGAUAUUUGAACUAAAUUCACUGUUAUAGAUGCAAAGAAAGUUAAAGAGCAUGUCUCCCAUGAAAGAAAAUCUGUUUAAAUCACAUAGAAAUAGUAACCAUCUCUGGAUAAGAAUAAGAUGAAAACAACUACAAUUAGAAUGAAGAUAGAUUUAUUUAUCUAUUUGUAAUUUUAAUGUUCCUGUCUUCUGUUGGUUUGGGUUACUAAAGUUUGAUAUUUUGUUUCUUUAUUAAAGUUAUAAUGAACUAUCUGGAAUUAAGCUAAGAAAUAGCAGUUAGUUUCAGGAUAACUGCACAUCUGUACCUUCUCUUCUGCCAAUGCUAGAAAGCAUCGCCUAAAUAUAUUCUGGUUGUAUUGAAUGUCUCCAUGGUGACAAGUUUACAGUCUUUGACGGAAAUGAAGUGGCGUAUUCACGGUUGCAUCAGGAAGAGCAUUUGGACCUAAUGUGUUGCUGUGGCAACAGCAAGUCCCAGAGCAUAUUUUAAUCAUCAACCGCAUGCAGUGAGAGUAAUAGAGACACAAUGAAUGGCAGAAACCGAAGCUCACUUGAUACAAAAACACUAGAAGUUAGUAUACGCAGUGAGAAACGAGCAUGCCACCAAAACUGGCAUGUAGGAGAGGAUUGUCCACUAUACCUUUAAGUAUUAUUUUUGUAUAUAAUUUAUUUCAAUGUCCAAAGCAAUGCCUAAAAGAUAAACUGAUUUAAAUUUCCUGGUUAUCCUGUUUAACUCUGUAUUGUUGCUGUUCUUGUAGAAUCAGUCAAAAUAAUUUGAUAUUAGCUUCCAGCAAAGAUGGAAACACAUACCUUCCAAUG